AUGCGGCGCAUAGUGGAAGUGGACGAAGUCCUGGGGGACCAGCUGACUGCCAAAGAGCAGGUGUUCGCUGCCCUGAAGCAGUUUGCAGCCGAGCAGCGGGUAGAGGACCUGGUGUGGGCGCUCACCCUGGCCCUGCCUCGUGAGGCCCGAGGGCCCCUCCUGGACAACCUCAGCAAAGUGGACAGUGUUCAUGGCCUCAGGGCAGGCCUGGUUCUGGAUGCUGGGCCAUUGCAGCUCCUACAGAUCAACCGGCAGUGGCUCCAUCAUGAUGGGGUGACUGUGGCCCUGUGGGAAGCGCAGCGCAAGCAGGACCGUGUGAAUAACCCCCUAAGGACUGAGACCGAGGUAGAGUCCUCGGGGUUUCCUACCUCUGCAGUUCCAGCCAUCUGGGUGGUGACUGUCUCCUGGAUUUUCAUCCCCAAGAAGCACCGGGCGCGCUUCGACGAGGUGGUGUCGCAGGGUCUGCUGGGCAAGCUGACAGUCCGAGUCUACAAGGGCAACAAGAGCUUCGGCUUCACGCUGCGCGGCCACGGGCCUGUCUGGAUCGAGUCUGUCCUGCCUGGGAGUCCAGCUGACAAUGCGUCCCUCAGGUCGGGCGACCGGAUCCUGUUCCUCAAUGGACUGGACAUGAGGAACUGCUCCCACGACAAGGUGGUGUCCAUGCUGCAGGGCAGUGGCGCGAUGCCCACGCUGGUGGUAGAGGAGGGGCUCGUCCCGUUCCCCAGCGACUCCGAUUCUCUGGAUUCCCCCAACCCUUCGGCGCUCACCUCACUGCAGUGGGUGGCGGAGAUCCUGCCGUCCAGCAUCCGCGUGCAGGGGAGGACUUUCAGCCAGCAGCUGGAGCACCUGCUCACACCUCCCGAGCGCUACGGGGUCUGCCGGGCCCUUGAGAGCUUCUUCCAGCACAGGAACAUCGACACCCUCAUCGUCGAUGUCUACCCCGUGCUGGACACACCUGCGAAGCAGGUGCUUUGGCAGUUCAUCUACCAGCUGCUGACUUACGAGGAGCAGGAGCUCUGCCAGGAGAAGAUCGCAUGCUUCCUGGGCUACACGGCCAUGACAGCAGAGACAGAGCCAGAGCUGGACCUGGAGCCAGAGCUGGAGCCCGAGCCAGAGCCGGUGCCAGAGCCCCAGCCGAGGAGCUCCCUGAGGGCCUCCUCCAUGUGCCGCCGCAGCCUGCGGUCCCAGGGCCUGGAGGCUGGCCUCAGCUGCGGUCCCAGUGACUGCUCCGAGAUGCCUCUCCCUCUGAUCCCAGGCGAGCGCCAGGCAGGCGAUGGCACGUCCCUCCCUGAGACCCCCAACCCCAAGAUGAUGUCAGCCGUCUAUGCGGAGCUGGAGUCCAGGCUGAGCAGCAGCUUCAAAGGGAGGAGGGAGUCCAUGUCCAGGUCCCGUGCCUCCCCCCCAGUGCCCAGCCCGGCAGGCACAGCAGGGCCCAGGACCCUGUCCAACGUCUCCUGGCCCAGCGAACGACUCCUGCCCUCCCCCUGCUACUACCCGCUGUGCUCAGGGGGCCCGGCCUCCCCCAGCAGCUCCGAGUCCCACCCCUACGCCAGCCUGGACAGCAGCCGGGCGCCCUCCCCACAGCCAGGCCCCGGGCCCAUCCACUCCGACAGCCCCCCCAGCCCGGACCUGGCCCGCCAGCCCAGCCGCAGGAAGCUCUUCACCUUCUCCCGGCCAGUGCGAAGCCGGGACACCGACCGCUUCCUGGACUCCCUGAGCGAGCAGCUGGGCCCCCGGGUCACCAUGGUGGACGAUUUCCUGAGCCCCGAGAACGACUAUGAGGAGAUGAGCUUCCACGAGGAUGACCAGGGCAGCUUCGUGACCAACGAGCGGAGCAGCGCGAGCGAGUGCAUCAGCAGCAGCGAGGAGGGCAGCUCCCUGACCUACUCCUCCAUCUCUGACCACCCUGUGCCCUGUGCACCCCCCAUGCUGUCCCGGGGCCUGGGCCACCGCCGCAGCGAAACCAGCCACAUGAGCGUCAAACGCCUGCGGUGGGAGCAGGUGGAGAACUCCGAAGGCACCAUCUGGGGUCAGCUCGGGGAGGACUCUGACUAUGACAAGCUCAGUGAUAUGGUGAAAUACCUCGACCUGGAGCUCCACUUUGGCACCCAGAAACCUGCCAAGCCAGUGCCCAGGCCCGAGCCCUUCAGAAAGAAGGACGUGGUGGAGAUCCUGUCCCACAAGAAGGCCUACAACACNNNNAUCCUGCUGGCGCACCUGAAGCUGAGCCCCGCGGAGCUGCGGCAGGUGCUCAUGAGCAUGGAGCCCCGGCGCCUGGAGCCCGCGCACCUGGCGCAGCUGCUGCUCUUCGCGCCCGACGCCGACGAGGAGCUGCGCUACCAGGCCUUCCGCGAGGCGCCCGGCCGCCUCAGCGAGCCCGACCAGUUCGUCCUGCAGAUGCUCUCGGUUCCCGAAUACAAAACCCGCCUGCGCAGCCUGCACUUCCAGGCUACCCUGCAGGAGAAGACGGAAGAGAUCCGGGGCAGCCUGGAGUGCUUGCGCCAGGCCUCCCUCGAGCUCAAGAACAGCCGGAAGCUCGCCAAGAUCCUGGAGUUUGUGUUGGCCAUGGGCAACUAUCUCAACGACGGACAGCCCAAAACCAACAAGACCACGGGCUUCAAAAUCAACUUCCUGACAGAGCUGAACUCCACCAAGACUGUGGACGGGAAGUCCACCUUCCUGCACAUCCUCGCCAAAUCGCUGAGCCAGCACUUCCCUGAACUCCUGGGCUUCGCUCAGGACCUGCCCACCGUGCCCCUGGCUGCCAAAGUGAACCAGCGGGCUCUGACCAGUGACCUGGAUGACCUCCACUGCACCAUCCGUGAGAUACAGGCUGCCUGCCAGAGCAUGUCCCCCUCCAGCGAGGACAAGUUCGCCGCUGUCAUGACGUCAUUCCUGGAGACAGCGCAGCCGGUGCUGCGGGCGCUGGAUGGGCUGCAGCGAGAGGCCAUGGAGGAGCUGGCCAAGGCACUGGCCUUCUUCGGGGAGGAUUCCAAAGCCACCACCUCGGAGGCCUUCUUUGGCAUCUUUGCGGAGUUCAUGAGCAAGUUCGAGCGGGCGCUCAGUGACCUGCAGGCUGGGGAGGGUGCGCGCAGUUCCGGGAUGGCUUCACCCCUGGCCUGGUGACAGCAGAAGCCCAGCACCCCCUUCAGCCUGGGUGUGGAGAGGAACACCAGAGGGCAGCCUGAAUGCCACCAAGGUUUGGGCCACACCUCCUUCGCACACCUCCUACCUGGGACCUCGGGCUGCUGUGCCCACUGAGCCCGUGUCUCCAGCUACCUCAGCCAUUGAACUUCAGCCACCUCAAAGGUGUGAGGUUCGGCCGGACCCCCAUCUCCAGGCGGAGCCCCAGCCCUGAGUGCUAGGGGCGCGGGGCAAGAACAAACGUGGACUCCCAGGGAGGGUGAACCAUGGCUGCCCAUGGGCGCUGGUAUGUUCCCAGGAGGACCAUCCACUGCUCCUGGGCCUGGCUGCGCCAAGGAGGGGUGGGGGGCUGUGACCAGCAGGUGCAUUGCGAGGUGGCCACGGCCCUGGGAUGGCAUCUGCUGUCCAUUCCUCCACGGUUUGGUCAGGGUGCACUGGAUUCUGAGGAAAGACAUCUGAACCUCC